CCGGAGAGAGGGAAGGAGAGGGCGGAGGAAGAGGGAGCCACCGAGGGACCGAGGAAAUGACAAACUACCGUGACUCCUGGCAUCGCCGUACAUCAUAUCCAAUUUCCAUGGUGCAGGUUUUUUUUUACUGAAACUUGCAGCUUCUUUGUCAGCGGUGAGCAACAGACGGUGGCUGCCGAUUUGUUAGGUUUAGCUCCAGGUGUCACAGCUCCUCUCGAACUUGAAGGAAAUUGGGGUCAAGCAGGUGGGUCGGGCGACAGGGUGUUGCCCGGGCCAUGCAUCGGGGGUGAGGGGGACUCACGUUGGGGGAAACACAGCGUCGGGCUAGGAGAGGUUCUGGGCCAGUCAGUGCGGAGAUGAAGCUCAAACAGCGCAUGCUGGUGCUGUGUGCCGUGCUUCUCCUGCUGGGCCUGGCCAAGAUCUUCCUGCUGGAUGGAGGUGAAGGAUCUGCAGCCAGUCGACGGGACCUCAGAGCGUUUCGCAAGAUGGAAGCUGGCCUCGCUCUGUCCCGCAGUGCUCGUCUCACCCACACCCUCCAGUCUCCGUGGGAGAUAGCAAGCCAGUGGGUGGGCCCGAGAGAGGUGUACCCUGAGGAGACCCCCGAGCUGGCUGCCGUGCUCGUUGCCCUCAGCACUUCCAGGAUUGAACGGGCAGAUGUGGGCUAUAAGGGCACUCAGCUCAAAGCCCUGCUGGUGCUGGAUGGGGGACAGAAAGUGGUUUUCAAACCCAAAAGGUACAACAGAGACUAUGUCGUUGAGGGCGAGCCAUACGCAGGCUACGACAGACACAACGCAGAGGUGGCAGCUUUUCACUUGGAUAGGAUCCUAGGGUUCAGGAGAGCACCUCUUGUGGUCGGGCGAUUCGUCAACCUGCGGACAGAGUUCAAACCUGUGGCGGCGGACCAGCUGCUGAGCACCUUCCUCAUGCAGGGUAACAACACAUGUUUCUAUGGAAAGUGUUACUACUGUCGGGAAAGUGAGCCAGCCUGUGCAGAGGGAGAAAUCAUGGAGGGUUCAUUAACCCUUUGGCUGCCAGAUGUCUGGCCUCUGCAGAAACACAGACACCCCUGGGGACGCACCUACAGAGAGGGGAAACUUGCCAGGUGGGAGUACGAUGAGAGUUACUGUGAGGCUGUGAAGAAAAUGCCACCAUAUGAUGCAGGGCCCAGGCUGCUGGAUGUCAUAGACACGGCCAUAUUUGAUUAUCUCAUUGGGAACGCUGACCGGCAUCACUAUGAGAGUUUCCAGGAUGACGGGGGCGCCAGCAUGCUCAUCCUGCUCGACAACGCAAAAAGCUUUGGGAACGCAGCUCUGGAUGAACGAAGCAUCCUGGCACCACUCUACCAGUGUUGCAUGGUCCGCGUCUCCACGUGGAACAGGUUGAACCUACUGAGAAGUGGAGAGCUGAGCUCAGCCUUGCGACAGGCUCUGGCAUUCGACCCCAUCCACCCGGUCCUGGCUGAAACGCACCUCGCAGCCCUGGAUAGGCGUUUGUCUGGAAUCAUAGCAACUGUCAAGCAGUGCAUGGAGUCGCAGGGCCCAGACAACACCCUAAUAGAGGACCGAAUGAACCUCCCACAUCCAUAGAGAGGAGAAAAUUUCCCCAAAAGAAAAGGAACAGCAAGGACUUGACUUCCGCUCGAGAAGGGGAAGUAGACAUAAAAGUUGCUGACUGAGACAUAAGCGCAACCCUGAUGUUAAAGAUAGAGAUAAGGGAGAAGGCAAAUGGAACAAUGGAACGACAUGGUGGAACAAUGACUGGGCUUCUCUUAACCCUUGUCCCUUCCUUGCCAUUCUUUCUGACAAGACUGGGGUGGUUCUCCCGAUUCAAAGUGUUUGAACUGUGUCACUUUGAGCUACAAAAACGUUCUCUAGGGAGUGUUGUGCACUAGAGGACAAUAUCUGCUGUAAGGACACAUCUGUGCACUACUACUACUUGUUGUGACGACACUCCUUCUGCAAUCUUCCCUCCCGGUCCAGGUUCAACGUCAUCUGAGAGGAAACCAUAGGGCUCAGAGAGAUGGCGAUGGGAAGUUCAAAUGAGCCACCAACAUCCGGAUGGAAGACACAGUUCAGUCUUGUUUCAGGCUGUUUGGACGUUCACAGUCCAAGUAACUGAAGAUCUGUUUUAGAACUGAAAAUACUUAUUUUUUCCCUUUGAACUGAAAAGAAAUUGCUCUCAGCUCCUGAGCCAUCAGUGUGUACAUAUUUAACUACGUGCUAUACACAUAAAAGAGAGAGAAUAUAGCUUUGUAGAUAAUAUUAAAUAAACUUAAGGGUGUGUGGGUGGAUGUGUGCGAGUGAGAGUGCCAUAUUGUGCCAUAAAUAUGAAAGCUACUGACAUGUAAGAAUUGAGGAUGCAGAGGUCAGGUGUGUGGGUUCAUCUACAGAAUUAAACUAUGAUCUAUUUG